AUGAAGUACACCUCCGAGUCCCUUGUCGAUGAGGCUUACCUCACGACAUCUGAAACCUUCGCCUCCCAUCGCACCAAGCCUCUUAGCUGGCGCAUUGACCAGCUGCGAAAGACAUGGUGGAUGAUCGAGGACAACAAAGAGCGGAUUGCAGAGGCGCUUUACAAAGACAUGAAUAAGCACAAGCAAGAUUCCCUGUCCGUUGAUGCAGGCGGAAUUCAAACCGCCUGUCUCGAGGCGCUGAAGCACCUCAAAGAAUGGACCGCGGACGACAAACCCAACAGGACCGAGCCCCUCAACUUCCUUGGCGGCGCAAGAAUCCGCAAGGAGCCCAAAGGCGUCGCCCUCAUCAUAUCGGCGUGGAACUACCCCUUCAUGGAGCUACUUGAGCCCAUGAUAUGUGCCAUCGCUGCAGGGUGCACCAUGGUCCUCAAGCCGAGCGAACUGGCAGUGGCCUCCCAAGACUUGAUCGCGGAGAUUGUGCCCACGUACCUGGACCAAGACGCCAUCAGAGUCGUCACUGCCGGACCUGAAGGGAUGAACCACAUUCUGGACAAGAAGUGGGACCACAUCUUCUUCACUGGCUCGACUCCUGUUGGCAAAAUCAUCUACGCCAAAGCCGCUGUUCACUUAACCACGGUGACACUUGAGUUGGGUGGAAGGGGCCCGGCAAUCGUUACUCCCAAGGCCAAUAUCGAUCUGGCUGCAAAGAGAAUCGCUUCAGCUAAAAUCAUGAAUGCUGGACAGGUGUGCCUAAGCGUGAACCACGUAUUCGUCGAUCCCUCGAUCAAGGAGGAAUUCGUGAAAGCCCUACUCAAAUACUUCAAUUUAUUCCUUUCCGAGACGUCUGAGCAACCGACUUAUUACAGCUCGAUCAUCAACGAGCGCAACUUCGAUCGUCUAGAACGUCUCCUUCAGCAAAGUUCUGGCAAGAUCAUUUACGGCGGCAAUCUCGAUAAGAAGACGCGGUACUUCUCUCCAACAAUUGUCGACGGCGUUUUACCAUCGGACUCACUCAUGACGGAGGAGCUAUUCGGGCCUAUCCUUCCCAUCUUGGAGGGUACUUUGGAUGAAGCCAUCGCGUACACCAACAAGUUCGAUCAUCCGUUAGCACUGUACGGAUUCACCGACUCUCAAGAAGAGAAGAACAAAAUCCUCAGCCAGACGUCCUCCGGAGGUGUGACUUUGAAUGACUGCAUUCUGCACAUGACGAUCAAGGGUGCGCCAUUCGGAGGUGUCGGGGGCUCCGGAAUUGGAUCCUAUCACGGACCAUACGGCUUCAAGGAAUUCACGCACUUGAGAACGGUGGUCAACGUUCCAGGCUGGAUGGAAUUUCUAUUCAAGUUCAGAUACCCACCCUACACCGAUGAGACGGCGGCGGCAAUGAUCAAGUUCUCGGCGCCCGUGACAAAGGUACCGUUUGACAGGCACGGCAAGGAUACGACGUCUUGGCUUAGCCGGGCAGUCAAAUUCUUGACAAAGGGCGCGGUAGCUGUACUCCUACUUGCUUUUCUGAAAUUGAAAGGAUGGGCAUCGUUGGACAUGCUGAAGGGCCUGAGGAAAAGUUAG